AUGUCGAGGCAAGAGUUUGCUCUGAUAUGUAAACUUGGUACCAUGAUGACGGUACCGAAAGGUAACAAUAUCCGCAUCAGAAGAGAGUCGCAUCCUGACCUGGCACUGCCCAACCCUACAGGAGGCCUGGACAAGGACACCUACCUAGCCACAGCAUUCCACUACAUCCUGGGCAAGGACAUCAGCCACAAGCUGUACCAGAUCCAGGAGCUCCUGCUGUCCAGCCCAGACUACAUGAGGACACUGGCCAGCAGACAGUCGUCCAUGGUCAACUCUGAGGAACAGCCUGGUCACACAGGACUCCUGCCUUAGCCC